UGCUCAGAGAAACUACCAACAGAAAUAAAAAAAAUAACCCUGAAGGUGUGGUUUCUCUUGAAUUCUUAGGGAAGUUGAAUCGACUCGUUUCGUUCAGUAUCUGUGCACCACUAAACAUUUCGCUUAUUCUUUUGAAUCAUUAUUCAAAAAACACCCCAGAAGUAGAUUUAAAAGUUUACUUUAAUUUUAUGUUGGCGAAAAUAUGCUGUUUAUCACAUCUCCGCAGUCGAAUAAAACGUUGUGCGAAUCGGUUCGUGCGAAUCAUUGAAAGCAAGCGGUUCUAUAAAAGAUUCGGACGUAACUUUUUUUUUGCUAUUUGGAGAGUCGGGUGCACUUCGUGCUAUUGCGUGCUGGAAGCAAAGAUGGGACGCCCCAAGUAGACUACAGAGGCAGCACACUUCAAGACCAUGAUAAAGGAAGAGAGGAACAUUUUGACAUUUUGUUAAAUAACGCUCUCCCAGGCUCCAGAUUCAUCAGUCCGCUGACGAUGAGGAGGAUGAUGGUCGAGAGAGAAUGACAGCUCCUGCGUUCACAUCGGUAACUCCAUCUUGGCUCAACAUCACCCAAGAACCUGACAUGAAUCAGACUUGUGAGGAAAGUGAAGAUUUCAAAUAUUUGGCGUACAAAGUCACAUACAGUGUGGUUUUCCCUAUUGGAUUUAUCAGCAACUCUGUGGCUUUGUUUGUGUUCCUGCGUCUCACUCCAAAGAAGACGGCCAACACUGUAUUUAUGACUAACUUGGCUAUUUCAGAUGUUAGCUUCUCCUUGACGUUGCCCUUCCGUCUGGUCUACUAUUUUAGGGGCGGUCAGUGGGAUUUUCCUGACUGGUUUUGCCGCUGGUGUGUAUUUUCCUUUUACGUCAACCUGUACACAAGUGUAUUGUUUCUUACAGGUCUCAGUGUACUACGGUACAUCGCUGUAGUUCACCCCAUUCGCAACAAGUCCCUGGUUACGGUGUGGAGAGCCAGACUAUCAUGCUUUGCGAUCUGGGUUUUUGUGGCCUGCUCGUCAAUACCAUUCCUCUCGACAGGUUCUAUAGAGCGGCAUAACAAGAUGCGUUGCUUUGAACCGGGGAACUACAAAUCAUGGCAUCUCAUACACAGCUUGAACUACGUGGGGGUUUCGUUUGGAUUCGUCAUUCCGUUCAUUAUAAUUCUGGUCUGCUACGGAUGCAUCAUCUGCAAACUCAUCAAAGGACGAAAAAUUGGCAACCGAAGAGGAAACACCCGCCGACGCUCGGUGUAUUUGAUUGCCGUUGUCCUGAGCACAUUCCUGCUGUGUUUCCUACCAUAUCACGUCGCUCGCACAGUCCAUCUUUAUGCCAAGGUUUUAAACGAGAGCUGCCCGGUUAUUGAGUUCCUCGUGAAAGUUCUGGUCAUCUCGUUGUGCUUGGCAACGUCCAACAGUUGCUUCAACCCCUUGUUGUACUACUUUGCAGGAGAGACUUUCCGCACGGCCAUCCGUAGAGUGUCAGAUCGAAGGACUUUAGGUUCGUUCAGCAAUAGUGGUGUUUCUCCGUCUUUUCGACGUCAGAGCGGCUCGCAGAAGUCAAGGCGCCAAGGCUUCACUUUUGUACACCAAGACUGUCUGCCCUGCUCCUGCCAAGUCAUAAACGAAAAUAACCCUGAUGGGUGCAAGUCUGACAAGCAAUGCAAACUGUCAGACUCUGAAGAAAUGCAAGUCCAUGAUGAUUUGCAGUAGUACAAGAUAGUUGCACUUGAUGAAAAGGAAGAAAUCCGAGUGUAUAAAAUAGAUGUCUUUAUUGUUGUCUUGAAAAAGUGAACCUACUGUAUAACAUCUUGGUCGUUUUUCCACUUCCUUUUUUUUUUAGUUCUCAACUAAAAGACCGAGAUGUGAAAGAUGUUGUGCAUUAGAUAAAAUGUGGGUGAAUCUCAAACAACCUCAGAAAUGGGUCAUAUUUAGAUUUAUGCAUUUGGCAAAUGCUUUAUUCCCAAGAAAACUGCAGCCUGGACAUGUUCUUGCAAGAUUCAUCCAGGUACAUGCUUAAAAAUAAUGUGGGUUUACAGCAUUGCCAUUAGAGAACCAGUUUGGUUUCCCAAAAAACAGAACCAGUUUUUUUUUUUUCUUUUUUUGUUUAGAACAUUUUAAUAAUCUAAAGAAACUUUUUACACCAAAUGUUCUUCAUAGAACUGUAAAUGCCUGUGAUAGCAACCCAAGCGAUCGCAAUGAGAAUCACACCACGCUACAAUACAGAAACUGGCGUCCGAGAUGUUGUUUAAUAAAAACAGGAUAAGUAAACAAAAUGUUAUUUUUAAAUCAGUCUUAUAAGACGUUUCAGUUUCACACAGAGCGCAUUUUCCCGUUCUGUUGCGCUACUUUUCCAUUGUUUUUCUAUGUAAACUUGCUAGACGGCCAUGUUAGCAAGGGCAGACAUAAUACAAUAACACAAUAGGAAAAAAGAUUCAAUUAUUUCUCACAUCCGAAUAGGGCAUACUAGAUUAAAUCACUUUCUGUUUAAUAUAGGAAAACAUGAAACAGGUCAGUGUAUUUAUUGUAAUCAGGCAGAAACAAUAGAGCAUGUUUUAAUAAAAUGUAAAAAAAAAAAAAAAAAAAAAAAAUUUUUGAAACAGAGAGGUUCAUACUCAUUAAGGAAGUAAGAAACAUGGGUGUUGAAUCAUUUAAUUUGACGAGCCUUUUGAAAGAGCAUGCAGAACAAGGUAAAAUAUAUGGUGCUAUUAUAAAAUACAUUAAAGAAAUAGAAUUAAUCUGAAGAAAUUUAGUUUUUUUAUUAUUAUUAUUAGUUGCUUAUUAGCGCUUCACACUCCAGUUUAGUUGGGGGCGGUAAAUGCACCAGAAGUUGGUUUGCCAUCUGCCAUAAAAUGUUUUUUUUUUUUUUAAGCAUCUUUAGACCUUGCGUUUUUUUCGUUUCACUGCCCUGUGUCUCGCCUUUUAACGCAACCGUGCUUUGUAUUAAAAUCAGCACUGAAGCCAGAGUUUUACCACGUUUAAGCUGCGCUAAUAACAUCAAACAACACAGAACUGUAUAAACACAAUAAACAUGGUAAUGGAAGAAAGAACCUGUUUAAAAGUGCAUAUUUAGUUUUAAUCAAAAACCAGCAAAGCUUAUUCAAGAAGAUAAGGACAUUAUUUUAAGACACAGAAAUAAUUGUUCCCUACAGGAAAUGAAAGUCACAAAUGGUAUCUUGUCAGUAUCUGAAUCCCAGAAAUGAUUCCCUAGACAGCAAUGAGGUUAAAUGGGGAGAAAAUGGAGAUGAUUGCUGAGAUUUCGUUCUUCUCAGAUAGACAUCUCAUGUGCUUCUCUAGUGUUUCAGAGGAAAUCUCAAAAAUGGCUCUGAUUUAAAAACCUGCAUUCAAACGUCAGACAUCUCCCAUCAUAUUCUUCCAAGACUAAAAUAUCUGUUUUUUUUUUUUUGGUUUUUUUUUUUUUGUUUAUGAGACGUUUAUGCCAUGUCGUUUAUGAACUUCCCAUAAGCUAUACAUUUGAACAGCUUAUUGCAAGUUGCAGUUUUAGUCAAGUGUCCAGGCAAGCAGAAGGUGUUUUCAAAGCAGCUUGUUCUGCUGAUUGCACCACUAAAACAUUUAUCUGCAUUUAUCAGAAAUGAUUCAUUGUGUUCAUUAUAUCACUGGAUCAUAUAAAUUCUGAAAAUGAGAAUUCCAAAACUUCAAAGACUUCAAAGAAACAUUCUAUCCCAAAAAAACAACAACAGCUAGGCCUACAUAAAAGACCAUCAUCUGUUACCCCAUUGAGAGGAAAUUCAGUGGAACAUUUGGUGGCUGCAACUCCAGGUAACGUGAUUGAAGACGGGAAGAGUGUGUAACUCUGUGAUUUCACGGACUUCUUCAAAAUACCAAGAUAAUAAGGUUAAUCAGUCUUUAAGCCUGCAUUAUGUGUUUCUUAGAGGCAAAUUGGCAGAAAUUAUAUCUGCUGAUUUGCAAACAACAUUUUGCUCUCUCAUUGCAUAGGGCCAUUAUUAUUAAUGCCACCUCAAUGCAUUCAUGAAGGCAUCCUGCAGCAUAGCUAUACUAAUUUUGUGUUAUCAUUGACAUUCUUAAUGUUUCAUUUUAUAUGAUGCUCUUUACUUUUUAUUGUUAAACUGCAUGUAAAAAAUUUGUUUGUAAAGCACUAUGUGAAGAAGGUUGUUUAUGAAGUCUGUUUUAAUAAAAU